CUACGUGGAUUAAAAACAAUAUAUAUUGCUUCUCCAGCCAUACAGGUCAGUGAGAGCGACUAGUAGUGUUGUAUGCAAGUUAGACUGGCGUGGCUGAUUGGUUGUUGCGAAUUGGAUGACCUUGAGAAUUUAGCAAUGACAAUAAUUGUUUUUCUGCUUGACAACAGCGCAGCUAUGAACCAGCGCACAUUUCAAGGUACAACGUUACUGGAUGUAGCUAAAUCUGCUACGGAAGUUUUCUUCAAAAUUAGAAUGAGUAAAUCUAGAGUAGAUCGUUAUUUUGUCCUCACUUUAAAUUCUGAGCCAAAUUAUAUCAAACUUACUGGUUGGAAACAAAACGUUGACAUACAUUUACUACAUUCUGCUUUAAAUAACAUUAAACCUGAUGGACAAAUUGAUUUAUCAACAGGAAUACAACGGACAUUUCGUAUGCUUAAUAUCAACAGAUUACAACUGGGAUUGGAGAAUUAUGGAAUGGGGAUAUACCCAUCAUGUAUUGAACCUGCUGUAGUAAUUUGUAUUACAGGUAGCAUUAGUGCAUGCACUUUGAAUGAAAACGUAAUUAAUGAUGCCUCUAUGGCUUCAGUAGAAUCUGCUGUUCUUGGUACUGUUUUGACUAAAGAUCCUUAUCGUUGGGAUUAUCGUCUUUAUUCAGUUGUGUUGCGUUACCCGGCCUUUGUCAGUAAUAUGUGUGGUGGUAAUUUUCCAAGACCGCAAUUAGAAUCACCAUUGAAAAGGUUUGCCGAAGAAACUGGUGGUGAAAACUUUGAUCUAUACGACGGUCGAGAACUCCACCAAUGUCUAGAGUCACUAGUCACAAAGUGCCAACCGGCUGUAGUAUUAAAAAUACAAAAGUCAAAUGAGGAUGUUGAUGAUUAUAAGGAGAGGUAUACCAAGCAGUUAAUGAUAGUAAAACUAAUGGGACGAGUAUCAUCCUGGCCAAUUCCAGAACCAUUCUGGGCUGAAGAAGAAAUGGUUGCAUCCCAACUGCCAACAAGGACCGCUCACCCUGAAAUUCUCGUAUCGAAGGUUGCUGUCGCAGAACCUGUAUUACCUGAGUUUUUUCCUAUAGAUCGGUAUGAACUGUCACCAUCUCAGCUUACAAAAGAGUUACUGAACUCAUCGGAACAAAACAUGGUGUGGCGUUGUUUUAGCUGCGACAUCAAGAAAAAUCAAAAUUCUCCUUUCGGUUACUUAAAAGCAUCCAGCGACUUACAGUCGGUACAUUUACAUGUCCUCCCUUUCAAUUAUCCUGUUUUCUUACAGUUACUUGGUGAUAUUUGGGAUAAUAAGCGGAUGACAGAUACCUGGGGACAUCAGUUUAUAAAUUAUCUUAGCAGCAUCCCGAAAUAUUAUUUUAUGCCAUUGUCAAAGUCAUUUGAAAGAAUAGGUUUUGCAGGUAUGAUCAAACCAGAAGCAAUCGACCGUGCACUUCCUUAUCAGUUAAAACAUUCCUUACAAAAACUACGUCAUACAGCAAAGAUUGAAUAUGACAAUUUUGUACGUAUGACACAAAGUGACUGUACCGUAAACCCAUCAGUAACUCUACCUUCCACUUUGUUGCCGUUGCCGCUGUGGCCUUUACGAGAAUUUAAAUCUAUGUAUAACAAGCCUCGACGGCUUCCUUUGAAUGCUUGUCUUCGUCCUUGUAACAUAUCAAGAUGCAAGCUUCGAAUAGUUUUGGGAAAAAUGAGACAAGAUCUUGAUAAUCUUUUGAGUGGGAGAGUAAACUACCGAUCUGACGACUUAACCCAUCAACAACCAGUAGCCUUAAUGGGUGAUUAUGUAAAUUACAGAAGUUCCAGGGAAACAGAAGCUCCACUUAGAGAGAUUAAUCCUACUCCUGAACGCUCAGAUACAUUUGGAAAUCCAUUCCGUCGAAAGUCUUCAUCUUUCAUCGCCGAUGAAGGUUUCGUUGACGAAAUGGACUCACUUAAUGUAAAUUCUUGUAACCCAAACGCUUCCUUGGUUAGCCCUGGACGCAAAAAGUGUUCACAAGUUAUAAAAAGUCCUCAAAUGAGAGUCAAAGGUCCUUUACCCCACUACAUAAAUCAUCGUAACUGGCGACUUUACUCACCCAAAUCAUCCCCAGCUUCAUCACCCAGAUCUGGAGAACUUUCCGAUGUAAUAUUAAAUGACGUUUCAUCUCCUGUAUAUAUUAACGAUUCUCCACCAGUUUCUCAAGUCUCACCAAGUUCUAAUAAUCAAACUAUGUGUGAAACUCCGAGUUUAAAAGCGAAGACAAGUUCGUCGUUGGAAAUGUUCAAAUUUAACAAAGAGAUCAUGCGUGAAUUAAUUAAUAUUGUCAGGCAACCUUGUGCCAGUAAGUAUAUUUGCAAAUAGUUUUUCACCUUAUUUGCCUAUACAAUCUCUAACGUCAAAUUAUUUUUCUUUAUAGACACAGUAGUUCUAUUCGAUCGAAUGAAUGAACUUACAGGUUCCACUGGACAAAGAGAUGCUGUGGUUUCAAUGUUGAUGUCUGAAGCUUUAAGGUUUAGAAAAUCAUGUUUAUACCUACUGCUGAAUGAUUGGCGAACAUGGAUGUUGAAAAAUACGAAUUCAAAGAAUGGUAUGAUUUUGCGGAGAUCGAACCAAGUAUCUGCUAAAAUAAACCAUUUCCAGGUAAAUGGUUGGUCUUAAUUAUCGCAUUCGUGUAAGAUAAUACUUGGCCACUUUUGUACAAAAAGUCCUACUUCCUUGCUUUCAGAUGUAAAUAUCCAAAGAUAUCACUCAGUUUAUUCUUGUAAAUCCUCCAAUAUUGUUGCAGUUGUGAUACGAGACUAAGAUUAUAGUUCAGCGUUUAUAUCUCGAAAAUACUACCAUAUCAUUUUGUAUACUUGACUAAUUUGUACAUUGUUAAAAUAUAACGAAGCUAGUGCCAACUUUCAUUUUUUUUUAAACUUUAAGCUGAUAAAUUUGCUACUUAUAAUGUGUUCAACGUUAGUUUUUAGGUUAGGUGGGAUUCUAGAUGGUGCUUAUUUUCGCCGGACAGAAGUAUCAUUGUGAAAAGUCGUCAUUGUUGAUAUUUUCUGAAUGGUUCUUGUCAAACCCACACAUUAAGUGUAUUGCAGAAGAAUUCAGAAGGAAAAAUUCAGUCAAUGUUCAAGAUGGCUCUUCUUCGGUCU